AUGGUGAUUGUGCAAGAUUCUGUUUCAACUAUUGAGGAUGAAGAAUGGACUACUGAAAAUGAAGAUGUGAUGCAGCAGCAAGAGGAAUAUGAUGAGGAUGAAGAUAGUUUUAGAGAAGAGGAGGAAGUGCGUGAUAGGAAUGUUGAGAAUCUUGAGCUGAACCAGAAGUUUGAGGUACGGGAACUUGAGCAAAGAGACUCACCUCAUGUGAUGGACAAUGUAGUCUUAGGUUUCGAUGAGGGUGUUGAAGUUGAAAUACCAAGUGAUGAUGUUGAGAAAAGUAUAAGGCAUCAAGAAAAAUCAUUUGGGAUGAAUGAUGGUUCUGUCAGCAUGGUUGAAGAAAGAGUCAUCAUUGAAAGGUUUCCAUCUGAUGAACAAAAUCUUCUGACUGCAGAGGAUUGUCACGGGACAAGUGCUGAUAGCUCGUCCUUGAAGGUACUGGAUACAUCAGCUUUGCCAGGUUCUGUUGGUGCAACCUGUACAGCAGCAUCAGCUGAUAUCAUAGAUGGUGCUGAUUCCUCAGGUAGCACCUGUCUAGCUCCCCAUCCAACUGUAAUUUCCUCGACAGUUGAUGUUACAGCUGUGACAAGUCAGCCUAUCGUGUCAUCUGUAUCUUCUACUGGAAGUCAGGGUGAUUUACCAAUCAAGCUCCAGUUUGGGCUGUUUUCUGGUCCUUCUUUGAUUCCUUCUCCAGUGCCUGCUAUACAGAUUGGAUCCAUACAGAUGCCCCUUCAUAUCAAUCCUUCUAUUGGUCCAUCCAUUACUCAUAUGCAUCCAUCACAGCCUCCAAUGUUCCAAUUUGGUCAGCUGCGAUAUACUUCUCCUAUCUCGCAGGGAAUUUUGCCAAUGUCUUUUGUUCCGCCUAACAUGCUGGGCCAUCUUAAUCUAAAUCAGGAUGUUUUAAACUCUGGAAAUCACAAGGACGCUCAAGAUGCUUCCACGCAGAACAUAAGCAAGGACGAGACACCAUCUGUUUUAGUGACUGAUCAGCCAAGAUUUGUUUCUGCAUCAUCUGUGCAAUCUAAUGGUGGACUUCUCUUGAGUGUAAAUACAGUUUCAAAUGCAGGCAAUCAUGAUGAGAAUUCUGCCGUCCAUACAUCUACUUCUGGGGCCUCUGGGCCCUGUGACGGAAAAUUUAUGUCAAACUCAAGUCCACAUGCUGAAGAGAAAGGGCAGCUUCGUGCUGCUUCAAGGAACUAUCCACCACCAUCGAAGGCAAGGGGAUCUGACAGACAGUCCCAUCAUGCACAUCCAAUGUCGCAGUAGUCUGCUAAUGUUGACAGGAAUUAUGGCGUAAGAGGGGCAGGGGGAGAAGAUUUGCUUAUGCAGUUAAAAGUUCUAACACAAGGUCAUUGGUCCAGGAUCAUGAUAUGCUUGCAGAUUCAAAUGGGUUUCACAGGAGACCUCGAAGAUCCGUCCAACGAACUGAAUUCCGGAUUUGUGAAAACAAUGACAGAAGACCAGCACCUGCAGCGGCUUCUUCUAGUGCUUUCACUAGAAGUGGGGCCAAGAGGGGUAGCAUGUCUAAUAGAACUAUGAAGCACACUGAGUCCUUGGCAUCUGGAAGGACGAUAUCUUCGGAGGUUGAUAGGGAAGCAAAAGUAGUGGGGAAAGAUUAUUCGAGUAGGAGUCAGAAUAUCUCGAACCCUGGUGAAGCAAAUCUGCGGAGAAAUGCUUCUGAGGAGGAUGUUGAUGCUCCAUUACAAAGUGGUGUUGUACGUGUUUUUAAACAACCUGGCAUCGAAGCCCCUAGUGAUGAGGACGAUUUCAUUGAAGUCAGAUCCAAAAGGGAAAUGCUAUAUGAUCGGCGUGAACAAAGGGAAAAGGAGAUAAAAGCAAAAUCAUGGACCACCAAGCCACCACGUAAACCACGCCACUCCAGAAAAAAGGAUGUAAGAAGCAAUAAUAUAUACCCAGUACCAUUGGGCAUUGAAGGAACAGCUGAUCCUCAAUUGGCCCUUUCUGUAUCUGGAGGAUCAACCGCAUUUUCUUCUCCAGCUUCCCAGUCUCCAAUUGGCAUUCCUCCUGUUAAUUCUGAAGCACAUACUAACAAGCCUUCACAAUCCGAUUCUGUAUCUGUCGUCUCUAACAGUGGAAAAGAAUGUGAACCUGGCCUUUUUGACAGCAAAAAUAUGGUAUAUGAUCAUACUGGAUCACCCUAGAAAUUGGUCUUUUUGACAGCAAAUAAAAUAAAAAUUAUGACCAUGGUAUGUGCUAGUGAUUUAUGGUUCUUAUACUCCUAAGAGGCAGUGGUAUUUCCAGUUCAUCUGACACCCUAUG